UGCUACAUAUUGUAGACUUUUCGCAUUGUUGAUUGUUUUUAAUUUCUUAGAAUAGUGCUUUAUUAUUAAUAAUUCAUGAUUUCUACUUUCAUUUUAAAUUAUCUUUACUGAACCAAUAAACUUUCAAUAGUAAGAUGUAUUCCAAUAUAGUAAUUACGAGACAGAUUUCAAAAAUAAAAUGUUUAUGUCGAUCCUUGGUAAGUAUCGAAAGUCAGAAAACUCCACAAAGUGGUGCCUCUAGUGAUGGUAUAUCACCACCGGUUCGCAUACAAAGAGGGCCAACUGAUAUACUUCAAGCUUUGUCCACCACUGUUGGAAUUGAUCCUACAGCUGCACAUUACAAGUACCAUGAUGAUCCAUAUUUAAUACCAUUAUCAAAUUAUCGUAAGAGAGCUUAUGCACUGGCAGCUGAAGCUGGUCGAAAAGCAGCAAUAUGGAUUAGAGAUGAACAUGCAGAUUUGUUUACAACAAGAAUCUGGGAUCCACCGCUAAGGAAAAAAACACCUUACUAUAAUGCUGAUCCGAAAAUUGAAGCUUUCUCGCCCAAACCGAUUUAUAAUGACGAAAGCAAGGUAACUGAAGAAGAUCUAAUAUAUACAAUCCGAAAUGCUCUCAUUGAAGACUCAAUUAAAGUAUAUCAGUUACUUGGCGGGAGUCAAGGAGUGAGUGAUGAACUAAAACUGCAGUUGUUGCAACUUCUGUGUUUCUAUAAUGAAAAGGAGCCUGAUUCUGUGGAAUGGUUAGAGGAGAGAUGGUUUUCAGCAAACACUAGAGAACGACAAGCUGCUACUUGGAGAUUGGGAAGUUUGGCAGAUACAAUUUUUACAUCAAUGGAACCAAAAAGUCCAGAAGCAUACUGUGCAAUCAUACAAGGAAUGGCAAAAUACUAUCAGGCAGAAAGAGCUUAUGAACUAUCUCAGGAAGCAAUUGAAAAGGGCAUACCAUUGUCAACUGGGGUAUACAAUGCUUUACUGGGAUGUAUAGGGUUCUUGAGAGAAGGUGCUACGUUACGGAUAGAAGCCCUUAAAUCGACACUAAUGCAAAUGAAAGAACAGGGUCUCUCGCCAAAUAUUGAGACAUUGAGUGCUUGUCUCCGUUCUAUAUCUGUGUGGGGUGGCGGCAUACAGUUACAAAAUUUGGCAAUGCAAUUAGUUGCUGAAUUUAGAGAGCUUGGCAUCCAACCUGGACUCUCUGCUUAUUAUUAUUUACUCUGCUUGUUCUGUAAAGAAAGAGGGCCCCGUAAUAAUAUUCUAUCGAAGAUUCUCACUGAUUUGGAGAGCAGACAGCAUUUGGAAGUGAAUGAACCAACAGACACGAAUUUCUUUAUUACUGCAAUGGGCGUGUGCAGUGAUCAUUUACAGGAUAUAAACAUGGCAGAAAGAGUCCACGCUCUGCUUAUGAAGAACAAUAACUAUAAAUUGGUAGGCGACGCCUACAAGGAGAGCAUAUACUACAGACAUCUAGUAACUGUUGCUUGCAGGCAUGCACCAUUCGAGAAAGCAACCGAAUAUUUAGACACGCUAAUACCAAAUAUUUAUAUACCGGAACCAUCGGUAAUGGAAGAGAUCAUAAGAACAUUAGAAGUGGCAGGCGCGGGCGACCGACUGACACAGGCGUGGUCCCAGAUCAUAGUGUUCGGACACGCGAAACGAACCAAACUCGUAGAAAGGCUGCUCUCAGCUUUAUGUAAUUGUUACGAGUAUCAGGAGGAAGAUGUAAAAGAGAAAAUACGAUCAGCGGCUGAAAGUAUAUUGAAACAUGGAGAGACUUUAGAACAAAAAGAUGAAUCCAGAGACCAGAGAUCACCGGUCUCACAAAAGUUAUCGGCAACAGCGCUUUCGAACAUCAUCGAGCUAUUGUCCGACGUGUCAGAUAAAUCUUCCGAACGCUGGACCAGUGUGGAAACUGCACUCAAUAAAUUAAAACAGGAGCAAGCCACCGGAGUUCCAUCUAAGCCAGAAGCUAUAUCAACCUUAGCCGAGAAGGCUGCCUCUAUGGGAAAACUAGAAAUAGCUGCUAUGGCCGUAGCUUACCUGGCGGAGUGCGGGUUCGAGGAGGCGGCGGGUGCGAGCGCGCGCGUGCUGGGCGCGAUGCUGAACCGUCCCGAGGAGGAGGUGCGCGCGCUGCUGCAGGAGCCGGCGGGCGCGCUGGCGGGCUCGCUGCACCCCGCCGCGCUCGCUGUACUCCACUCUUACCACUUAGCCAAGACUGGAACUGCAAUACGCGAUUCAGAAUCGUCGACCAGUUCGGAAAGCGAUUCCGAAUCGUCAUCCGAUGAAGACUAGACUAUUAUAGGAUUAUUGUAAUCACUAGAUCGCUUCAUUAAAUGCAUUUAGGUACGUAA